AUGGACUUUGCCUACGACCAAAUCCAAGAAGAGUCCCUGCCCUCCGACCGCGAAGGCCAACAAAACACCACCGACCGCCCUCCCACCGACCUCAACACCGAGUUUCAACAAGCCUUCAAAGCCGUCUCGUCAUCACCCUGGGGAGCAAAACUCGGCGGCUUCUGGUCGCAAGCAAAGAAGCAGGGCGAGAGUUUAUAUUCCGAUGCGCAAAAGGAAUAUGCCAGCCGCAACCCUACGUUUGCGUUGCCAGAAGGCGCAGAGGUUAAAGAGAAGGAAGCAGUUACAGACACACAACCGGGAGCUGCAGCAACAAGACCAGACUCGCUCCCCGCCGACAUUGUCAAAGAAGCCACUUCCCUCGUCUCCCUCCUACGUUCCAAAGCCACGGCCGCAACGGCGAACCUCAAUCUCCAAAAGAUACAGCAAGCAGAAGACGCAGCAGACGAAGCACUUCUAAAGUUCGGAACCGGCAUAAAGUCCUUCCUCCGCGAUGCUGUUACCGUAACCGCUCCUUCUGCCUCAGGCAGUACAGAAGUGCUCUUCGAAACCAACGACGCAGAAGGCAAAAGAGUUAUUCAUUCCAGCAGAUUUGAUGCACAGUUGCAUGUUAUACAUACCUCAGCUCAGAGCUUCACAAGCGAUCCCGAUAGUCCCGAGUACGGCCAAUUUACAGAAGACUUCGACAUUUCGGCAAAGACAGACGCUAUAGCUGCAGAUCUCGAAAAGUACCCAGAGCUGCGGAGAGCAAUGGAGAAACUCGUGCCCGAGAAAGUCGAGUACGCAAUCUUCUGGACACGCUACUACUUUUUGCGCAAAGUCAUCCAAGAAGAAGAAGUCAGAAGACGAGAAGUCCUCAAGGAAAAGACUCCUGUUCCUGCCACCACUGCCACACCCACUGCCUCCUCUACCGCACCUACACAACCCACCACAUCAACAACAAAGGCCGAACCACAACACCACGAAGAAGAAACAAAAUCCGUCUCCUCCAGCGACGCCUCCUACGACAUUGUCUCGGGCACAACCAGCCGCGCAACCGGCUCGCCCAAAGACGAAAAGAGCGAGGUCAAAGCAGCGGCGAAGAUUGACGAAGAAAGCGACGAGGAAGAUUGGGAAUAG